AUGGUCAGGUUGUCAAAGUUUUCCCCCAUGUCAGAUUCGCGUAAAAAAGGAUGUUAUUGUUACUGUGAUAGUUUUACAUAAACAACAACGAAUUACGUGUUAAUUGCAUCAGCAAGAGGGCAAGAACCCACAAACAUGUAUUCCAAUAACAUUGUGACCGAAAGCGGUGAUACUUUUAUCCCGGCUUCGCAAAGACCUGACGGAACGUGGCGUAAAGCACGGAGGGUGAAAGAGGGUUACGUGCCCCAGGAAGAGGUGCCGUUGUAUGAAAGCAAAGGCAAACAGUUUAUGAACAGAAACACCAAACCAGAACCGGUCAAGUUAUCAAGUGGCGAAACGGCACAGCGCCCUAUCCCUGGACUUUUCAUAAUUGAAGAUAAGGAAAAGAAGCAGGGGAAAAAGAAGAAUAAAAAUAAAGUGGAAGAGGUGACAAAGCAGUUGCAACAAGUCACAGUUAGCGAAAAAGUCGAGGUUGUACAAACAGACCCGGCGAAAAAAUUGAAGAACUUGAAAAAGAGGUUACGGGAGGUGGAAGCACUGGAGGAGAAACUGAAGAACGGUUUAAUACCAAAACCAGAACCUGAACAAUUGACAAAAAUACAAAGGAAAAAUGACCUGCUGCUGCAAAUCCGGGAGUUGGAAAAGCAAAUUGGAUAAGAGACUUAAGUACAAACUGUUUUUAUGAAUGUAAACGGGCGUUUAUUUCUAAAUAGUAUCUCACUGCCCACAGAACACUAACCAUUUUAUGCCAUAUGCUCCCAAUUCAUUUCUGGUUGGCAAUACUGAAGUUAAUUGGGAGCAUGAUGCCUGUGCAAUAGGGCCCCAAAUGGUUGCAAAUUUAUCCACUGUGAUAGAUUUCAGUUUUAAAUAAAAAUCAAUGUCACUUUUAAAA